CUGGCGGGGCUGCUCGUGGACAGAGGUUUAGCAGCUGCUCCUCUCGUCGAGGGAUCUCGCUGGUCGUUCGCACACGGUGGCAGAGAAGGCGGUGAAGGGUCGCCGACGGUGGUUGGGAUUGGCGAUGGAGGCUCGACGGAAACUGUAAUUAGAACAGGACUCGUUUGCUCGAUGACGGAGGACUGCGUUCUCGGACGCGAGGUGGACGAGGGAGGUCGCCGCCGCUCCUCGUUCGAACAGUCAUCCGAGCGUGCAGAUAGAGAAAAUUUGCCGGCGAUGAAAAGCUGGAACUUGCUAUUAGAUCGACAUAUGUUGUUCGAAGGUGGGAUCGCCGGACAAAAAUGGCGACAGAAUUUCAGGCGGCGAUUCGCGAAAUCGAGCAGAGGGGAUUGUGAAAUUAAACUCGCGAUUUGA